UCACCCAAAAAAUUCAACUCCUCUAACAAUGUCAAUGUCAAUCUUAAUUUUAUAGCUAAUUCAACGCCCUCAUUUUCCAAAUCUGAACCUUUAACAGUGUUUUGAUAACUCAAUUGACUCAUCAAUUUCAGUUUUCACAUCCUUAAUUUCCCAACAAAAAAAACAUGGACUAUUCAGAAAUCGAGGUUCCUGCACCAUUUCUAUGCCCAAUAUCACUUCACCUAAUGAGAGAGCCUGUUACUGUUUCAACAGGAAUCACAUAUGAUAGAGAAUCCAUAGAGAGAUGGUUAUUCUCAUGCAAGAAUUUCACUUGCCCUGUUACAAAGCAACAAAUUUUGCAAACACAAGAUCUUACUCCAAACCACACUCUUCAAAGGUUGAUCCAAAAUUGGUGCACUCAGAAUCAUGUCUCACUUGAUGAAACGACUCAGCAUGAUUCUAGUUCAACCAUUGAAAAAGCUCAAGUUGUGAAACUCUUGAAUGAAGCAAAGAGGUUUUCACAUGAUGAGAAAUUGAAGUUUCUCAAAUGGAUUAAAACAAUUGCUCUGGAGAGUGAAAGUAACAAGCAGUGUUUGGAAUCUGCAGGGGCAAUAGAUUUCUUGGCUUCAACCAUGGAUGAAGCAGAUUCAACUUUGUUCAUCAUUGAAGCAGGUAUUGAACUCUUGUUUAAAUUGAAUCCUUCAAUAUAUCAGCUAAAGUAUCUUAUAAACAAUGAAAAAAUUCACUUUUUUGAGUCAUUGUUUCAUGUAUUGAGACUUGGAAACCAAGAAUCUAGAACUUAUGCAACAUUGCUAUUGAAAUCAUCAUUUGGGGUGGCCAAUCCAACCCAAUUGAGUUGUGUCAAAACCGAAUAUUUUGUCGAAAUAUCAAGAGUGAUAAGGGACAAGAUCUCACAAGAAGCUUCCAAGGCCGCGCUGAAGCUUCUUGUGGAUCUUUGUUCCCGGGGCAGGAACCAGGUCAGAGCAGUCGAGGCCGGCUUAGUACUAAACCUCAUUGAUCUCCUCAUUGAUAGUAACAAUAUUUCCGAAAGACGGAUUUGUGAACUCAUAUUGAUAGCUUUGGAUAGGCUCUGCGGCUGCGCAGAAGGGCGCGCCGCCUUGUUGAGCCAUGGUGCUGCUGUCGCCGUCAUUUCGAAGAAGAUUCUAAGGGUUUCUUGUGUUGCAAGUGAUAGAGCUGUUAAGAUUUUGGCCACAGUUUGUAGGUAUUCAGCAACACUUAAUUUGCUUCAAGAGAUGUUGGUGGUUGGUGCUGUGUCUAAGUUGUGUUUGGUGCUUCAAGUGGAUAAUGGUGCUUCCAAUAAGGCUAAGGAGAGGGCUAGUGAGAUACUUAAGUUGCAUACAAAGGUUUGGAAGAAUUCCCCAUGUAUUCCUGUUAAUUUGCUUUCAAACUAUCCAUGAUCUGAAAAAAAAAUGGCGUCACUCUUUGCAUUUUCAA